CCCACCAAACGCUUCGCUUAUUUUUGCUUCUGUGGUAAUCCGCUUCAGAGAUUUGAACUACGAGAAGCGAGAAAAUCUUCGCUUCUCUCGGCCACGCUUAGAUUAUAGGGUUUUUUGGAUUCCUGCCAUUACAAUUCUCCGACUUUGGAAGAAUGCCAAUACUUUUCAUGUUAUUUGAAACUUGCCAUUUAAAUUUUGCAAACCUCACAGACCUGCCCUGAUCUACGCUUGCUACGUCUCUGGGCCCACUGUCAGGGCGCGUUUUUGCGUAUGCGGACCGUAUUGCCCCUCCUCUUCUUCUUUAAACCGUCCGGUCGGCUCGAGCCGACCCCACUCGCCUCGCCUCGCCUCCUCCUCCCCAGAAUCGUCUUCUCCCAUUCCCCAUCCCUGAGCAAACCACCGAAACCCUGACCCUAGAGAUUGACGGCGGCGGCGUGAUUCGCGGCGGCGAUUGAAGGCUUCCUCGACAAGGACUGGCGGCAACUGAGAGGAACCCUAACCUCGCAUCAAUCGGCGGGGAUGGAGGCACCCUGAUGGUGGGAAGCGCCGGCUUGGCGCCGCCAUGCGCCUCCACUGGUGCUGCGGCGAUGGGGGACAGCGGUAGCAGGUACCCAAUCUGCAUUCUUCUAUAGUCUAGUUGACGAUUUAGGCGUCUGAUUUGCUUUGUGCACGUUGUGUUGAUUUGGGGAUGAAUUUGACUUUACUUCUGCCUAGGGAUGGGAUGUUUGCGGUAGAGGUAAAAGUCGAAGGGUUCAUGCUUAAAGACGCUAGUGGUAGAAAAUCAUACACAAAAGGGCGAGUUUUCAAGUGGGAUGUUGAGUAUGGGUCACUGACGUUAGACUUGCUGUUGAAACAUCUGGCAACCGAGUUGAAUCUAUGCACUGACCAGUUACCCACUGUUUGGUUUUAUGACAAAAGAUUGAAUGAGGAUACCAGACUAGCUGAUGAGAUACAAAUGAUUGAUUUGUUUGAAAUGUAUAAGGAAGAGAUGACAUGCCAGGUUGUAGUAGGUGUAUUUGAUAGAUCUACUUGUCAGGAUCAUGAGUUUGAUGAACUGGAGCCUCUCUGUGUGAUUCCUCCUGAUGAUGCACCUGAUGAUGCAGCAGUUUUAGGCACUCAUGGCAUUCGUAAAGCACCCACUAGAUGUCCCACUCAGCCUAUAGUCAGGCCAGCUGCUGCUCAUGAAAAUUCAGAGGCAGCUGAUGAGGUAGAGUGUGAUAGAGAACCAGAUAUUUUUGACAACGAAGAAGAAUAUGUGGGACUUGAUGAUGAGGCCACAUAUGCUGAAAAUCCACAGCCACCAGAGUUUGCACAUCCACAGCCAUCUGACAAUGCUAACUCUAAUGCCACCGAUGAUCCUGAUGUUGAUUUUGUCCAUGUCGAGGCAGAGGUGGAUGAUGCUGAUCCUGACGAGGUCACUGUAUUGCAUGAUCCUGAGAAUCCCAAAAUUGUGAAAGGGGAGCUGUUUACUGAUAUCAUUGCAUUUAGGAAAGCCAUAAGACAUUAUGCUGUGAAGACUGGAUUUGAGUUUGCUACUGCUGGUUACAAAACUGACAAGUCAAGGUUCAUAGCAAAGUGUGCAGCAGAGGGAUGCCCUUGGCGCAUACAUGCUUCCACCAUUUUUGAUAAGAAAACUGUACAGAUCAAAGUGCUGCCUGCUCCCCACAAUUGUCCUACCACCAAGCUAAGAGAAGGGAAAAUGGCCAGUCAAGGCUGGUGUGCAGACAGGCUUGGAGAGUGGGUUAAGAAUAACCCAACAAAGGGAGCAAAGGAUGCAAAGGACAAGUUGGAGGGUGACUUUGGAAUUAAGCUGAAGUACUCUAAAGCUUGGUCUGGUUUGAAGGUAGCCUUGGAGCAAAUUCAUGGUAAGUACGAAGAAAGCUUUCAACUUCUGUACAAUUGGGCAGCACAACUAGAAAUAAGUUCACCUGGAAGUAGAGUACAGAUAGAGGUAUAGAAGGUUGGUAAGAGGAAUAGGUUCAAGAGGAUAUUUGUUGCUUUGAAGCCAUGCAUUGAUUGAUUCUUAGCUGGUUGUAGACCCUUUGUAGGAGUAGAUGCAUCUUUUCUUAAUGGAAAGUAUACUGGGCAAUUGGCUUCAACAACAGGUGUUGAUGGGCACAACUGGUUGUAUCAUAUUGCUUUUGGGGUGUUUGACGCGGAGAAUGAGGACAAUUGGACGUGGUUCCUAGACAAUUUGCACAGUGUCAUAGGAGACCCUCCAGGUCUAGUGAUAUGUUCAGAUGCUUGUAAAGGGUUAGAGAAUGCUGUUGGGGCUGUUUUCCCCAAUGCUGAAAACAGGGAGUGUGCAAGGCACAUGUACAAAAACUUCAUGAAGUACUACACGGGAGACGUUUUCAUUGAUCACUUGUAUCCUGCUGCAAGGAACUACACAGAGGGCAUGUUCAAGUGGCAUAUGAAGAAAAUCUAUGAGUUUGCUCCUGAUGCAAUAGACUACCUGCAGCAAAAGCAUCCUAGGAUAUGGUACAGAUGUGGCUUCUCUGAGCAUAGCAAAUGUGAUUACUUAACUAAUAAUGUAUCUGAGAGCUUUAAUGCUCAGAUCAAGGAAUUCAAAGGACUUCAUCUCCAUGAGCUAGCUGACAGGAUUAGAGAGCUCAUAAUGGAGAAAAGGUACCUAAGAAAGAAGCUGGCACAGAAUUGGGGAGAUGGAAUCCUACCUGGUGUAAUGAAGGACUUGAACCUCAAAAGCAAUAACCUCAAAAUUGUUAAGGUUAAAGUUAGUGAUGAUGACUUCGCAGAGGUGACACUGCUGGAUGAUUGGAAUAACCAGAAAAGACACAUAGUUGAUCUGAAAAACAAGAAUUGUGGAUACAGGGAAUGGCAGGUAACUGGCAAGCCAUACAAGCAUGCCUUGGCGUGGAUACUGUCCAACAGAGGUCUGCAAAUUGCUGAUUUUGUGCAUGAAUGUUACUCAGUUGCAAAGUUCAGAGCAGCUUAUGAAGGUAGAGUUGAGGCAAUGCCAGACAGAUCCCAAUGGCCAGAAGUUGAUCUUGGAUUUAAGGUUUACCCACCUUUGCUUGGAAGAGCACCAGGAAGGCCGAAGGUUCAAAGGCAAAGGGGAUGCCUAGAGAAAAGGGCCACCAAAAAGAAAGUCAAAUGUUCAAGGUGUCGAGGUUUUGGUCACUUUGCCAAGACAUGCAAACUUGAGAUGGUUGGAGAGGAUGGAGAAACAGCACCAACAAAAAAUAAAAGGAAUAGGACUGAAGACACAGCUGGACCAUCAUUUGUCAAAAAGAAGAAGCCAUCAAAGAGGAAGAAGACCCCUAAGAAGAAGAAAACACCUGCCAAGAAGAGACAGCAAAGGGAUGCUGCUCCUCCUCCAGCCAAGGUAGUCAGAAGCUUGAUGGACCUAAUUUCUGGUGAUGGACACUAAAGUUCAUGCUGAUGGACAUAUUUGAUUUUGGAACUGUGAAUUGGAGCUGUGUGUGCCUAUCAUGGCCUGUAAUGCUUGAAACCUAGAACAAGCUUUUAAAGCUCCUAAUGCUUUUGUGUGUGCCUGUCAUGGCAUGUGUUGCUUGUGAACUUGAACAAGCUAUUUCCCUGAAUUUCUGUAUGCUAUUUCGCUGUCAGUUUCAAUUCGCGGUCAGGUUGAACUUGAAA